AUGGCCUCUAGAUCCCCGACAGCAGCUACUCCGCUGCCGAAGUCCUCCGUCGCGCCGGAGAGUCCCUCCAAACACGCGACCGAACAGCCUCAACCCGUGCCUUUCCCAUCACCACAGACCUUUGAGAUCAUUCCACCUCUCCACGGCAUUCUGCUUCGCUUGCUAUCUCAAAAGAGCUCCCCCGGUGGAAAUGCUGGUGUCUCUGGAGAAGCUCCGGGUGUCCUAGGAGCUUCUGAAGCACAUCAACAAGACCAAGUCCCUUCCAAUGGCAACGCAGGUGCAACAUCCCAAGCAGUUCCGGAUGUUCCUACCCUGAAUCAUAAUGCCCACCCACCGCUCGAUGUGAAAGAUCUCCCAACUCAAACCAGUUCUGUGAGAAUUCGAAUCCAAAAGGCUCGGGUGGUGGUGGAGGCACUUCCAGAUAUCCACCGAUCUGUGGAAGAGCAACAAAGAGAGAUUACAGAGCUUGAGGACCGUGUGGCACGUCUCCGAUCCGUCAUCACAGAUUUUGGGAGCCGUGCAGCAAAAACAUAG